AACGCGAAGUGAAUAAAGUUACUGUACAGGGACUCGGUUAAGUUUGAGUUGGGAUAUUACAAGCUUAAACAGCACUAAACGGGAGAAAAAGAGAGAGAAAUGCGAAGAAAACAAAAAAGAUUGUUGCAGAUCGUUCUGAUAAUCGUUGUGGCCUUUCUGUUUUUACCCAAUGUUGGUUUAUGGUCUAUCUAUCUUGACCGAAUGUUUGACAGCUCAGCGGAGGCGGCGGACGGACCCGGAUUCUCAUACAUACAGAGAAUGAACAGACAGAACCUGCAGAAUGCUGGUGUUCGGAAAAUAGACUGGCAUGAUUAUGCCGCUAUAAGAAGCGAUGCAGCGCGCUUAGGUGAUGGGGAGCAAGGCAUGCCCUAUCCUUUGACUGAUUCAGAUCGUGUGGAUCAAGCCUACAGGGAGAAUGGAUUUAACAUAUUUGUUAGUAAUAAAAUUGCCCUAAACAGAUCCCUCCCAGAUAUUAGGCACCCAAACUGUAAGAUGAAGCUGUAUAGAGAAAAGCUUCCUAACACAAGCAUCAUAAUCCCCUUCCACAACGAAGGAUGGUCGUCACUACUGCGCACAGUUCACAGCAUUCUCAUCCGCUCACCACCGCAACUCCUUGCAGAGAUCAUUCUUGUGGACGACUUCAGUGACAAAGAGCAUCUGAAGGCCCCAUUGGAGGAGUACAUGGUACAGAUACCAAAGGUGCGAAUUCUUCGUACUAAGAAGCGUGAGGGUCUGAUCAGAACCAGACUGCUGGGAGCUGCAGCAGCUAAGGGGGAGGUCAUUACGUUUCUAGACUCACAUUGUGAGGCCAACGUCAACUGGCUGCCCCCUUUAAUGGAUCGCAUUGCCCAAAACCGCAAAACAAUAGUGUGUCCUAUGAUCGAUGUUAUUGACCAUGACAACUUUGGCUACGAGACCCAAGCCGGUGAUGCUAUGCGUGGAGCUUUUGAUUGGGAGAUGUACUACAAACGCAUCCCUAUUCCACCACAACUACAGAAAUCAGACCCCAGUGAACCUUUUGAGUCUCCUGUAAUGGCAGGUGGUCUCUUUGCUGUAGACAGAAGGUGGUUCUGGGAACUGGGGGGAUAUGACACAGGACUGGAGAUUUGGGGAGGAGAGCAAUAUGAGAUCUCAUUUAAGGUAUGGAUGUGUGGUGGUCGUAUGGAGGACAUUCCAUGCUCAAGAGUGGGUCAUAUAUACAGGAAAUAUGUUCCCUAUAAAGUUCCAGGUGGAAUGAGCCUUGCAAGGAAUUUAAAGCGUGUGGCAGAGGUGUGGAUGGAUGAGUAUGCAGAGUACAUCUAUCAGCGAAGGCCAGAAUAUCGGCAUCUCUCAGCUGGUGAUGUGGCAACACAGAGGGAUCUAAGGAACAAACUGAACUGCAGAAACUUUAAAUGGUUCAUGACGGAGGUGGCCUGGGACUUGCCCAAACACUAUCCACCUGUGGAACCUCCAGCGGCAGCAUGGGGAGAGUUACAAAAUGUUGGCAGCGGUCUUUGCUUGGAAAGCAAACACUUCUCUUCUGGCUCCCCAAUUCGUUUGGAGAAAUGUUUGAAAGGACAUGCUGCACUAACCUGGAGUCACGGUCAGGUGUUUACACUUGGUUGGAGAGAAGAUUUACGGCUAGGAGACCCUUUGCACACUAAGAAGGUCUGCUUUGAUGCUGUGUCCCAUAACAGCCCUGUUACGCUCUAUGACUGCCAUGGUAUGAGGGGCAACCAGUUGUGGUCAUACAGGAAGGAUAAGAGCAUCUACCACCCAAUAAGUAACAGUUGUAUAGACUCCAACGCUGCAGAAAAGAGGGUUUUUAUGAACUCAUGUGAACCCACAAUGCCCAGUCAGCAGUGGCUGUUUGAAAACACCAACUCCACUAUUCUGGACUCUUUCAAUCAUCACCAUAAUGCAUAACAUUUGGAAUAUGAGAUUCUUCUGGUGAGAAGCAGCAUUGUUUUGUAAGUGUGGAUUGUGAUGCUGAGGAUGUGAAGAGAUAUUUUGUGCCUUUACUGAAUUGAUAUGUUUGUCCAAAGGAAAGAGAGCAACCCUGGUAAUGCCUUUCAGAGCUUUUGGCUGCCAACGCUGUCUCCAUUGUGUAAAACCGAUGUCAAUUUGAGUUUUUCCUCAUUCAUGAUCCAGACAUUUUCUCAUUAAGUUUUGUAAAUUAACUUCUUGUUGGUUCCGCAGUAAAGUUUGAUUGUUGCUGA